AGAUGGGCGGGGCGGGCGGUUUGUCCGAACUGGAGAGUGUGUGGGAGCUGCAGUGUACGGAGGGCGCUGAGAGCAGAGCCAGUGGCCGGAAUACUGCCCGUUACCGGGACUUAGCGGGAGCCGUGGUCAUGGCAGCCAGAAACCAUUUGUAACACAGCUCAUGUUGGAAGGUUCCACAGAAACGGGACAUAAUCUUCAGAGAAAUAUGAAUCACGCAGUUCAGGUUUGGUUUGCAGACGAUCUUCCAUUAAGUCCAAGAAGCCCUCUAACACCAAGACAUGGCCCGGGUCUGUCUGAUGUUUCUCAGUAUGACCAGUGGUUGGCUGUUCGCCAUGAGGCUUCCCUGGUACCUAUGCAGGAAGAUCUGGCCAUAUGGUUAAGUAGCUUGUUAGGUGUAGAAGUUAGAGGGGAACGAUUUAUGGAUGAUCUUGACAAUGGUGUCCAUCUGUGCCAGCUGAUUUAUGUUGUGCAGCACACUAUGAGACAAUGCUGCACAGCUGAAGAGCUAGUGGGAAUGCCCAUGAGGAGGGUGCCAUGCAGAAAAGAUGCUCCAUCUGGCUCUUUCUUUGCUCGAGACAACACGGCUAACUUCCUUCGUUGGUGUAAGAGUAUUGGGGUGGAUGAUGCCUAUCUUUUUGAAUCUGAAGGUCUGGUUCUACAUAAAGAUCCCCGGCAAGUGUGUCUCUGCCUCCUUGAUGUGGGCCGGAUUGUAUCCCGAUAUGGAGUGGAACCACCUGUUCUUGUAAAGCUCGAAAAAGAGAUUGAACUUGAAGAAACACUGUUAAUGGAAUCUGGACCGCUAGCUCCCACCACUAUUGAGAAAACCUGCUGUCAUCAUGAGCUGCAUGAGGCUGUGACCCAUAUUGCUCAAGAUCCUCCCUGCAACUGCUCCCACAGAUUCUCCAUUGAAUACUUAUCAGAGGGCCGCUAUCGGUUAGGGGAUAAAAUCCUAUUCAUAAGGAUGCUACAUGGAAAGCAUGUGAUGGUUAGAGUCGGAGGAGGAUGGGACACGCUUCAAGGUUUUUUGUUGAAAUUUGACCCCUGUAGAGUGCUGCAGUUUACAACUUUGGAGCAAAAGAUUUUACAGUUCCAGAAAGGUGUACAAAGUGACAGUGUGCCAACACAAGCAAGCAAAUCUCUACAGCCUCCUGUAAUGAACCCCUUAUCUGCAAUCAAUGGUUCACAAAAAACAGCAUCUACCCUAUCCCCGCAAGUAACCCCUUCCAGUGGUGUCCUCAAAAGUCAAAACUCUCCUAUGUCGACUUCUAACAGGGGGACUAAGAAUCCGCCAAUUUCAUCAGUACGUCCCAAAAUCCAAGUCAUGCCAAGAAAGGGGUCUCCGUUACUUCCUGAGCCACAGAAGAAGGUAGCAAAGAAAUCAAAUUCUCCACCACAUAUUUCUACUGGUAGACCUGAAACCAGAGGUACACAGAAAAACACUACUUCACCUAGUAAUGUUGGGAAAACCAAUGGCUUACACACUACUAAAGUUGCACAGAAUGGAGAACUUGUUAUACAGUGUGGGGGUAAGAACCAGAAGAUACAGGCUCCUAAAAGUGCUCCCACAUCUUUGGCCUAUCCUAUAACAAAAUCUAAGGGUGUGUCUGACCUCCGGGCAAAGCCAGGACCGUUAAAAACAAGUUCUUGUACACCAGCUAUUACAUCAAGUAAAUCUGAGUCCUCUAAGAGGACUGAGGUUGUAAAGCAGAACUGCAAGAGCACUGCCAAUCAGAAAUGUGUCUCAGCCACUGUUUCCUCCAAGGAUGUAAAGAUAAGUAAAAAGGCAGACACAGCAAAGAACAAUCUCCAGGAGAGGAAGCCCUUUGUGGUAUCUUCACGUGUGCCUGACAAAGUCACUGUUUUGCCAUACCUUUCAAAACCUUCAUCGAAAUUGCCAACCGCAGUCCAGUCAAACACUGCUAAACCAGUCCAGACUGCCAGAAAUUUCACUAAUAAGACUGCGUCUGAUAAGACUACAGCCUCUGGACGCACACCACUCUCUGUUGUUAAACUUCCACAAUCUGCACCCAAAACACAGGCUGUACCAAAGACAAAGCCCUCUUCAAAAACUCAGCCUGUGAGCAGCACCUUAAAGAAAGAUAAAGAAAAAACUGCUUCUGAUCAGCUCGGUUCAAAGGUAAAACUACCUCGCCGGGCCGCUCCAAAUUCCAUGAAAGAUAAAUUGGCUAAGAGCAAGGAAGACCACCUUAUUGUAUCAAAAAAUAAGUGAACAAAACACCUUACCACACGUCAUUGAUGUAAUUGAUCAUUUUCCAUAUUGUGUGCAAGUCCACUUUGGUUUUACUGCAGACAUAAUUUUAUGUUUUUAUUCUCAUAGUACAAUCAUAAAGCUCUACCUAAAAUAACACUAUGCAAGAAACACAUCUACAGGUGUCAUUUACUGCUAUUCCUCAGGUAGAUGUGUACACGCCGACUCUGUAUGAAUAAUCCUGCUGGCGGGAAGCCAUAUAGUUUUUAAAGACUGCUACCAAAUGCUGCCUUACUGUGGAGACAAAUAUUUAAGUGACUUCAUGUUAGGCUUUUAAAGGAAUCUAUAGGUGGGUAAAUCACAUUUCCAAGUGCAUUUUAAACUGGAACUAUGCAAAAUGUAAUAAAACCAUAAGUCAAGACGGCCAGGUUUGUUCUCCAUUACACGUUGAUGUUGGCUUAUGUGGUAUGGUGUGUACAUAGGAUUUUUUUUCCAGAGUUGCAGUGACAUUUGCAAUGCUAACUUAUAGUGAAUGGCAGAAUCAUGUCACAUAUUUGCUGUAAUGUAUAGAAACAUA